AUGAACAGGCAACAAGCCCAGCCCCAGCCCCCCCACCGCGUCCCCGCCCAGCACCCGGCGGCCCAGCACCCCAAGGGCCCGCCCCAGCACCGGCACCCCGACGAGCUCUUCUUUUUCGGCACGAACGACCCCCGCCAGGGCGACGUCCUCAUCGGCUUCAGGAACGACAUCCCGGUCCUCUACAGGUUCGACACCAUGGACCUCCCCACCGGGACGCGGACGACGGUCCGGUUCAACGAGCAGCUCGAGCUCGCGCUCCUCAACUGGACGAUGGGCAAGCACAUGGGCUCCCUCGUCCGCAACUUCAACCGCACCGCCGCCGCCAGGGGGUGCGCCCCCCACAGGGCGGCCAGCAACGCGACCCCGAUGGCCGACUACGUCGCGCGGGGCUCGGUGCCCAACGGCAGGCAGUUCCGGAGCCGCGCCGUCGCCCGCAACGAGGUCUUCGAAUGGCGGAGGCUCGGACUCGGGCCCACCGGGCGCCCGGAGCACUACGAGCUCUUUGCGAUCAGCCCGGCCGGGGAGGACAGGAUCGCCACCUUCGCACCCGAUGUGCGGGAGAUCGAGAACCAGGGCCGGUCGUACGCACGCCUCCGGUACACGUUCCCGGACGAGGAGGAGCUCCUCCACGACGCGGUCAUCGCGCUGUGCCUCAAUCGGUGGAUCGACUGGCAGAUCGACUGGCAGGGGAUGUGA